CAAACCGGAACGCUAACCAGACCGCUUGUCAAAUUAUGCUUUCUACCAACCGACGAAGAUAAAGAAACUUAAAACCAAAACCGCAAUGUUAAUUAAUCAAUAAAUCGGAUAAACAUAUAAACCGCUUACCAAAUCGAAACCUCGAAUAACAUAAACGACACAAAAGACUUAAUAAAAAUGUCUGAUAAAAAAAUUACAUCCUAUUCAUGCCACAUAUCGUGGCACAAAAGUCCAUAUUAUUGUAAAUUUCAAAAUAUAUUACUAAUAUCACCAUUUCUCUCACAGAGUAAUAUGGACGUGGAUAUGGCAUCAUCGUCAACGCCAACCAUGCGUUCGGCGGUUUCCGCCCCUCGCUCUGAAGCUGCUCCAAUAGCAGCACCCCGGACCAACACUGUACCGGCAGCGCCUCGAACUACGACAGGCUCCACCGCGACAACGGCUCCGCGUCAAAGCACGCCAGCAUUACCAGCGGAUCUGCAACGAAUUCGUUGUCCACUAUGCCGCCGCCCGCAUCGGCUAUCGCACUGCGGUAUAUUCAAAGGCAUGCCGCCGAUGCAACGCCAGCAGGUGACACAGGCGCACGGGUAUUGCCUGAAUUGUCUGGUAACUUCCCACGCAGCUCAGGAGUUCCCAUCACAUAAUCGUUGCCAAAUCUGUGUGCGGGCUCAUCAUACGCUGCUGCACCGCACUACCAGACGCGACUCCGGGCGCCCACCGGCUCCUCGCACCAGUGGUAACGUCAGGCGUUCUCAAAGGACUCCUGUGACGGCAUACCGCCGGCGCGGAUCCUCUCCAGCAGAAUCCCGUCUCUGGCGCCAAAACCGGUCAACAUCAACACGACGCCAUCAGCUUAGGCCGCAAUCCCGCCGGUCAACAGGUCUCAGCAGCAUUGUAGCUACGCUACAGCAGCUACAGCGGUUUCUAGGCUAA